AUGCUGCACCCGUUGAGACCUGGAUCGGCGUCGGGGACAAAAUCUCCCUCUGACGAGCCUCCAUCUUAUGAUUUUUCCGUCUCAUCUUCAAAUGCAUCACUCUCUGAUUUAUCAAGACCAACAUCCCCACCAAUCUCUAGGAUGAGUACUAGUAACAUAUUACGAGCAAGUAAUGCACCAUCCAAGGGAGCCAAAGGAAGUAAAGAGGGAAUGGAUAUUAACCGGACUCCAUAUGUGCCAUCUUCAGAACUUCAGAGUCAGAUCGACUCUCUUUCUAGAAAUAGCCCGUUAUCAACCACAACCUCUCAAGGUGAAUAUUUUGAUGUGCUUCCAUCAUUUCAAAUGUUUCAAUCUAUUCUUAAGCGUGACAAUAGCCAAUUUAGUGAGAAUUUAUCUGUUGAUCCACCAACCUAUGGCGAUGUCGAAAACACUUCACCAACUCCUCCUUCACUUUCCCCAGUGAAUUCUCACGCUGGUCCAAGUUCUGGCAAUGCAUCCAAUACUAUGUUACCAAGUGAGUAUAGUUUAGAUGCUGUAAUGGAUAGUGUAGCAGACUAUAAUAUCAAUGAUCUUGAAUCAGGAGAAGUGGAGCAUCGUGCUUAUCAUUCAGAAACGCAAGAUACACCGAACUCAAACCCCAACUUUGCAACAACUCAUGAUACAUAUGGUCACACUGUACUUGAUAAUAUUGAUAGACUUCCUAAACUUCAUAAUUCUCCCCUUGAAAUACAAAUUUAUGUUACCAAACAAGUUCCACACCCCCAUACAGCACCAGAACUGGAGACAAGACUCAAGGAGUAUUCAAGUGGGGACGUGGUAAAUGGAUACAUCGUCAUCACGAAUAAUUCUGAUGCCCCCGUAGACUUUGGCCUUUUCAUCGUGACAUUGGAAGGUACCGUUAAGGCCACUGAACGAGUUACUGGUAAUGAUCAAGAUGCUGGUAAGAUAAAGAAGCUUUUGAUGAAAAAGUUUCUCAAGAUGUACGAUUUGAAUGCAUCUUAUGGAUAUGCCUACAUUCCCAAUAGUGCUGGUAUAGAAUAUGAAGCAUAUUCUACCGAUGAACAUGAUGGCUGUGUCUUGGGGAUUCCAAGUGUAAGAAUACUUCAACCUCAUACCAAAUAUAAGAAAUUUUUCACUUUCAAAUUUCCAGAAAAAUUACUUGACAACGUCUGUAUGAAUUCUGUAUUGCCACAUGUUUUACCUCCACCAUCGAUGGGGUUGGACAAAACAUGUUUCUAUGGCAGAGGCGCCACCAUUUCGUUGAAUAAAGCAUUGGGAUAUGGAUACCUUAACGCUAGAGGUACUCCUUUAUUAACUAAGGAUUAUGCUUUUGAAGAUGUUAGCGUUUCAUACACAAUUGAAGCUAAGUUUAUUGAUAAACUAAAUGCAAAAGACCAGAAGAAUCCUCUUUCUCAUCAAGAUAUUAAUGAUCCGAACUCGGAAGAAGAUUAUGUUAUCUCAAGUAAUUCCCAAUAUUUCUUGAGGUAUAUUCCAAACUUAAAUAAGCAGCUUGAUUAUUAUAAUCAAGAUUUCCAUUAUGGAACUGAUCUGUUCGCUAACAUUGGAAUUGAUGGGAAACUUUUUCAAGGCUAUCUUAACAUGAAUACUUGGCGUAGUUUUAAUCAACUGAAUUACCAAAUUGAACGUGAAAUUAAUUCUUGUUUAAGUAAAGGGGAAUUCACUGAUGAUGAACUUAAGAAUCAAAAUUUGAUCUUAAAGAAUUCUAAAAAGACAACUACAGAAUUGCACAACUUUAAUGUCAAAGAUCAAAUUCUUGACCAAUUAUUGCAUACUCAUGCUAAGGAAUUGGAUGUAGAUGAUAAUUUAUAUUAUCAUGAUUAUAGAAUGAUUGGUACUACUAAAUCUUUACCAAUAUAUGGGAAGAAAAAGAAAAAGAUUUUAUCAUCCUUGAUUAAGAUUGGGACUCUGAAAAUGUUUUUAAGAGUUCCCAGUAAAGUUUUCCCUUAUUCAUCACCAAAGUUACUUAUGAAGUAUAAUAAUGGUAGUAUGAGUAACCCUCCGACCCCGAAUCUCACACCAUCAUCUUCUCGCCGAAGUUCAUCUUUAGCUCCAUCCAGAUCUAUCGAUGCUGGUCUUAUGUUGAGCCCUGUCAGUUCAAACGCUAAUAUCGAACAAUUAUAUCAUCACGAAAAGGAAGAUUUAAUUGACCAUGUUCAUAUUACUCUUGUGUUUAAAGCAAUAGAUAAUGCAACCACUCCGCCAAAGAUUGACUAUGUUGAAUCCAAUAUAGUCGCCUGGUCAUAUAAUACAGAGUAUCCAUUACCCAUAGCUCUUGGAUAUGACUUCUUCUAUUGUAACCCGCGUGAAGAGGCACUCCAUACCAGUCACGAUGAUGUGGAGAAUACAAGGGAGAAUCUUCAACAAUUGAAAGAUCUGGCAUUCGAUUAUCUUCAUUUCUUGAAAUCCAAUAAAACUACUAUUUCGCGUGACUCAGUACUUUACUUGGAGUCGUUGAAGACCCUUAGUGUUAAAAAGGAUGUCAUUAAGGAGUAUUUUGCUACAUGUACUCAUACAACUCACGCAAAUCUUCUCAACAAUGAAGGUGAUUGGAAGGCACUGCAGUCACGUACUACCCAGAGACUUCUUUGGACGAAGGAGUUAAAGAUUCCUCUUAAUGCUAUUAACAAACACAACGUUACUUUACUCCCAUCAUUCCAAAGUUGUUUAGUGGGUCGUAUCUACUGUUUACAGGUUCUCGUAAAGUACAAGGGCAGCGGGUCUGACCAGAAGGAAUUUGCUGAUAAUAUUGUCAAGGUUGAUGUUCCGAUUUUAAUUGGUUAG